AUGAUAAAGCUGAGCAAGUCAAAUAGUUUCAAGGAGCUGUGCCGUGACGCCGAUGCCAACACCUGGGGCAACGCAUACCGAGUCGCGAUGGCGAAGAUCAUAGGUCCAACGAUGCCGGUUGAAAUGUGUCCCAACAAGCUGAAAGUCAUCGUGGAGGGACAGCAUGACCCAACGACCUGGCCACCUAUACCAUAUGGCGAGAAAGAUGAAGACAACGUUGAACAAGUCUCCAACGAGGAACUCAUAGCAGCAGCGAAAGGAAACGUGAACCAUCGAGUCGUCCAUGCCGUUGGGUUGCUGAGUGAUUUUGAUAAAAACGUAACCUACUGGGAUAGACACAAAGCUAAAAAGUCGCAGGUAUGCCGGAAUGUGACUCAGGAAGUGAAUCAACUCUGCUAUCUACACCGACUAACUAGCAAAACUUUAGAACAAAUCACGGAGAUAUUUCAGCUUCCGAUGCUUUUAAAAAUGCUGUUCGAUUUUUUGAUUGUCAUCAUUGUGAUCUUCUACACCUUCACGUCUUUCGUACUUGACCUGCGGAAUGGCCACGAUUUCAACUACAGCGCUAACAUUGGUUCAGUGAUUUUCGUAUCCAGUAUAACAUACCGGUUCUACUACACAGCUUCUUUCUGUGAACAAUUGAACAGGAGGGCCGAGCGGACGGGCGUUUUACUAAACGAGUUCCUUGAAUCCGAAGUUGAUGAAGAAGUUGAUCUCAGUAUUGAACUAUUUUCGCUAGAAUUGUUGCAUCAUCAUUUCAAGAUUGAAAUUUUUGGAUUCUUCACCAUUGAUAUGUCGCUCAUCUACAAUGCAGUUGCCACUAUGGCGGGAUACCUCAUCAUAUUGGUGCAAGUGGAAUUAACGGAAUAG